ACUAUGCAAUUCCAAAAAUAGAGAGUGAGGGAAGAGGAAGAGGUUAUAGAAGUCAUAACUGCGUUUUCAUCAGAAUUCACAAACGGAGAGUUGCUUUGCAUAAUCUGGCAAAUACGCACACUGGCGCACACUUAUGCCACUCUCUCCUCUCACCUUCCUCAUAUUCUUACUUUAAGUAGUUUAUAAUGCACUAUGCUAAUGUACGCUGCUAACCUCAGCACACUAUUAUAACCUUCCUCAUUCUUCUUCUCUGUUUCAUUCCACACUAUGCAUACGCUUCUUCUCAUUUUGGUACUCUGCGCACCGUUCUUAUCCUACGCCGAUCCUAGCGCUGUAACCGUCUCAGAGAUCCAAGCCUUAACGUCGUUUAAGCUCAACCUCCAUGAUCCUGUCGGAGCUCUCGACGGUUGGGAUCCAUCCUCGCCGGAAGCCCCGUGUGACUGGCGCGGCGUUGCUUGCAAUAACGACCGAGUCACGGAGCUUCGUUUGCCUCGUCUUCAACUCGGUGGUAGACUCAGUGAGCGUCUUUCGGAGUUGCGCAUGCUUCGCAAGAUAAGCCUCCGUUCGAACUUCUUCAAUGGAACCAUUCCUUCGUCGCUUACCAAAUGUAAGCUUCUACGCUUUGUGUUCUUACAGGAUAAUGCAUUUUCCGGUAAACUUCCGGCGGAGGUUGGAAACCUCACCGGUCUUCAGAUUUUCAACGUUGCACAGAACAACCUCUCUGGCACCGUUCCAAGCGAGCUUCCUCUUAGUCUCAAAUAUCUCGACCUAUCGUCGAACGCUUUCUCCGGCGAGAUUCCGAGUACCGUUGGUAAUCUAUCUCUUCUUCAACUUAUCAACCUCUCGUACAAUCAAUUCUCCGGCGAGAUUCCGGCUACGUUCGGGGAGCUUCAACAACUGCAAUAUCUCUGGCUUGACCACAACUUCCUUGAAGGAACCCUACCUUCGGCGCUUGCUAAUUGCUCUUCGCUCGUGCAUCUGAGCGCGGAUGGAAACUCACUCGGCGGCGUACUUCCGUCGGCGAUUUCGGCUCUUCNNAAUCUUCAGGUGGUAUCUCUUUCUCAGAACAAUCUUACUGGUUCGAUUCCUUCUUCCGUUGUCUGCAAUGUUUCGGUCCACGCGCCGUCUCUGAGGAUAGUUCAACUUGGAUUCAAUGGUUUCACGGAUUUUGUUGGCCACGAAACCAACACGUGUUUUAGUGUUCUUCAGGUUUUGGAUAUUCAACACAAUGGCAUAAAGGGCACGUUUCCCUUGUGGUUAACCAAUGUAACCACGCUAUCAGUGCUUGAUCUUUCGAACAAUGCACUUUCCGGUGAGAUUCCUCCGCAGAUAGGAAAGCUCGCUGCAUUGACGGAGUUGAAGAUUGCUGAUAAUUCAUUCUCAGGUGUCAUUCCGGUGGAAAUCAAGAAAUGUGGGUCCCUUGGUGUUGUUGAUUUUGAAGGCAACGAAUUUGGAGGAGAAGUUCCUUCAUUUUUCGGCGAGAUGAAGGGACUCAAGGUUCUAUCUCUUGGUGGAAAUAGUUUCUUUGGUUCAGUUCCUGUGAGUUUUGGUAACCUUUCUAUUCUUGAAACUUUGAGUUUGAGAAGCAAUAGGUUAAAUGGAAGUAUGCCUGAUAUGAUAAUGAGAAUGAGCAAUUUGACAACACUAGACCUUAGUGAAAACAAGUUUACUGGUGAAAUUCAUGAUAGUAUUGCCAAUUUGAAUCGAUUAAUAGUUCUUAAUUUGAGUGGCAAUGGCUUCUCUGGAAAAAUCCCUUCUAGUUUGGGAAAUCUUUUCAGGCUAACUACACUUGAUUUGAGCAAACAGAAUCUCUCUGGAGAGUUACCAUUUGAGCUCUCAGGACUGCCCAAUCUGCAGGUUAUUGCUAUGCAGGAGAAUAAAUUAUCUGGGGUAGUGCCUGAAGGGUUUAGCAGUUUGACGAGUUUGCAAUAUGUGAAUCUCAGCUCUAAUGCUUUUUCUGGUCAUAUUCCUGAGAACUAUGGUUUUCUUCGAUCGUUGGUUGUCCUUUCAUUGUCUCAUAAUCACAUUACAGGAACUAUUCCUUCAGAGAUUGGAAACUGCUCUGAUAUUGAAAUUAUUGAGCUUGGAGCAAAUUCAUUGGCAGGUCAUAUCCCCACUGAUCUCUCUCGCCUUGCCCAUUUGAGAGUGCUUGAUUUGGGUGGUAACAAUUUAACCGGGGAUAUGCCUGAGGAUAUCUCCAAAUGUUCGUCUUUAACCACAUUGUUGGUAGAUCACAACCGUCUUUCGGGUGCCAUACCAGGGUCGUUGUCAGUUUUAUCAAAGCUAACAAUGCUGGAUCUCUCUGCUAACAAUUUGAGUGGGGAAAUUCCUAGUAAUUUUUCUAUGAUCUCUGGUUUGGUGUACUUCAAUGUCUCGGAGAACAAUUUAGAAGGUGAGAUACCGCAAACUUUGGCGUCACGGUUCAACAACCCUUCUGUAUUUGCUGAUAAUCAGGGUUUAUGUGGGAAGCCAUUAGAAUCAAGGUGUGAAGGAAUAGACAACAGGGACAAAAAGAGGUUGGUUGUGUUGAUUAUCAUCAUUGCAAUAGGAGCUAGUGUAUUAGUCCUGUUUUGCUGUUUUUACGUCUUUAGCCUGUGGAGAUGGCGCAAGAAGCUCAAAGAAAGGGUCUGUGGGGAGAAGAAAAGGAGCCCUGCAAGAGCAAGUUCAGGAGCAAGUGGAGGCCGUGGUAGCAGUGAAAAUGGUGGUCCAAAACUCGUGAUGUUCAACACCAAAGUCACACUUGCCGAAACAAUUGAAGCAACGAGGCAAUUCGACGAAGAAAAUGUACUAAGCAGAACAAGGUUUGGAUUAGUAUUCAAGGCCUGCUACAACGAUGGAAUGGUCCUUUCCAUUCGCAGGCUCCCGGAUGGAUCAUUAGAUGAGAACAUGUUCAGAAAAGAAGCUGAAUCACUAGGCAAAAUAAAACACCGAAAUUUAACGGUUCUCAGAGGUUACUAUGCAGGACCACCUGAUAUGAGACUCUUGGCCUAUGAUUACAUGCCCAAUGGAAACCUUGCAACACUCCUCCAAGAAGCUUCUCACCAAGAUGGCCAUGUUCUAAAUUGGCCAAUGCGACACCUCAUUGCACUAGGAAUUGCCCGUGGAUUAGCCUUCAUACACCAAUCCACAAUGGUUCACGGCGAUGUGAAACCUCAAAACGUUUUAUUCGACGCAGAUUUCGAAGCCCAUUUAUCAGAUUUUGGGUUAGAAAGGCUAACAGUAGCCACUCAAGGAGAAGCAGCCUCCACUUCAACUUCAGUUGGCACUUUGGGUUAUGUUUCUCCAGAAGCAAUCUUAACCGGAGAAACCACUAGGGAGUCUGAUGUUUACAGCUUUGGCAUUGUGUUGUUGGAACUUCUGACCGGAAAAAGACCAAUGAUGUUCACACAGGAUGAAGACAUUGUGAAAUGGGUGAAAAAACAACUGCAGAGGGGUCAAAUAACAGAGCUAUUAGAACCUGGUUUACUUGAAUUGGACCCAGAAUCAUCAGAGUGGGAAGAGUUUUUACUAGGUGUGAAAGUUGGGUUACUUUGCACAGCACCAGACCCUCUUGAUCGACCAACCAUGUCCGACAUUGUUUUCAUGCUCGAAGGUUGUCGUGUUGGUCCCGAUAUCCCAUCUUCAGCGGAUCCCACCUCUCAACAUUCCCCGGCAUAACUCAAAAUUGCAAUUUUCCGGUUUAAUUGUCAUUUUUUAAUGUUUUUCAAAAACCCCCCCUUUUAUUUUUUUAAAUUAAAAUUCGAUUUUAGAAAUGUAACAGUAGUAGUAGCUCCUCGUUAUUAUUAUUUCUGUUCUGGAACAAAACACUGCGGCCACUUUUUUGUUUCUCCAUAUUUUGGGGCCAUUUUUACGGUUUUCUUCAAAAGUGGUGGUGACAACGUGGGGACCACAGCAGAAAAUGCUACUAGCCUACUAUUUCCUAUUUCUCUCUCUCUUUUCCUCGUGAGUUUUGAGGUAGUCAAUGCCUUUGACAAAUGCAGCGUAGUUAUGAUUCGGGUGGACGAGUGAGGACAAAGUGUGGGGCCCUUAGUAGUAGCAUUUUCUGCCAAACACAACGGCACCAAAAUUGAUACUGUUCCCGUCUGCGAGACGGAGCUGGUUUCUGACAUUACCAUGUGGGCUUGGCGCAGGUUCCGGCAAGCAACGGGGAUGAACGAUGUAGGAUGUAGCCGUUAACAUAGUGGGGUACGAUGUAUUGUACAUGAUGUUCCCAAGGGUAGAAAGAGCAUGGGUAUUUGUUUGGUUUGUUGUAAUCACUCUGGUGGUGUUGUUCCAUGUGGUCUUUUCUGUUGCCCUAGUUGUGGUUUUUUUAUUUUGACAAAGUAUUUUUGUUGUUUAUUAAGGAAAGAAGGCGUGUGGGACGGCGUUAGAUUUUAGAGGUAUAUGUGAUUCAACCUUUAAGCUCAUGGCUCAACUACUCUUCACCUUUUUGUGGGUCAUCCUUAUAUACCUAUCCACCAUUAAAAUUUCGAA